UUUAUACUUUAUUUAUUUCAGAAAUAUAUUCAAUUAUGUUAUUAUUACUUUACGUCUCGUUCCUUACACUAACACAGACAGAAGCUAUCCGUGGCGCUUUAUUCCGUACCGGUCGGUCAGCUGAUGAAGAAAUAUCUCCUCAGCUAGUUGGAAUAGCUAAUAAUGCUUUUAGCCCUAAUACUUUGCCUGGAAAUUGUCCUGAGGAUGAGGAAGAAGAACAAUUUUUAAGUAUGGCAUCACAUCCUGCACUAAUGGUGGAUUUGAGACAAUUACUAAAAUUCUCACGGGAGAGAGCUUUGGCUGGAGAGGUUGGGAGAGAAUUGGUCCAACCUAACACCAAUUCAAAAUUUACCAAUGAAGUAAAGGAUACUCAACAAUUCAAAUCAAAACGUAUGUCGAAUGCCAGAAGAGCUAAUUACCCAUGGAAAUCACCAAGACUUGCUGCAUAUAUUGCUCUACUUAGAAAUUCAUAUAAAAAUAAUUACCCCGGUUCUCUUUAA